CUCACAGGACGAGCCACCAGCCCAGUCAUUCAAGAUGGCCUUUGUCCCUGCACCUGGCUACCAGCCCACCUACAACCCGACUCUGCCCUACAACAAGCCCAUCCCCGGAGGGCUCAGUGUGGGAAUGUCCGUGUACAUCCAAGGAAUGGCUAGUGAGCACAUGAAGAGGUUCCACGUGAACUUUGUGGCGGGACCGAACCCAGGGUCCGACAUUGCCUUUCACUUCAAUCCCCGCUUUGAUGGCUGGGACAAGGUGGUCUUCAACUCGCAGCAGGGCGGCAAGUGGGGCAGCGAGGAGAGGAAGAGGAGUAUGCCCUUCCGCAAGGGCGCCGCCUUCGAGCUGGUGAUCAUGGUCCUCACGGAGCACUACAAGGUGGUGGUAAACGGAAAUCCGUUUUAUGAGUUCGGGCACCGGCUCCCCCCACAGAUGGUCACGCACCUGCAAGUGGACGGGGACCUGGAGCUUCAAUCAAUCAAUUUCAUGGGAGGCCAGCCAAGCCCAGGCCACCCACCCAUGACUAUUCCAGCUUAUCCAGGUCCGGGACACAGCAACCCACCCUCAAUGAAUACACUACCUACCAUGGAGGGACCCCCAAUUUUCAACCCGCCUGUGCCAUUUACGGGAAGAAUACAAGGGGGGCUUACAGCCCGAAAAACCAUCAUCGUGAAGGGCUAUGUGCCCCCCACUAGCAAGAGCUUUCAGAUCAACUUCAAGGUGGGGUCCUCAGGGGACCGGGCUCUCCACAUUAACCCCCGUCUGAACGAGGGCACCGUGGUGCGGAACAGCCAUCUGAACGGCUCGUGGGGCUCUGAGGAGAGGAAGCUCUCCUACAACCCCUUCGGUUUCGGCCAGUUCUUUGACCUGUCCAUCCGCUGCGGCCUGGAUCGCUUCAAGGUUUACGCCAAUGGCCAGCACCUCUUUGACUACUCCCAUCGGCUUUCGGCCUUCCAGAAGGUGGACACUCUGGAGAUCCUGGGGGAUGUCACCUUGUCCUACGUCCAGAUCUGAUCUAGUCCUGGGACCAUAACCCCUGGGAACAUAUGGAGAAGGACCCCAUAGGACUCCCU